GAUGAGUCCGUGCUGCUCCUCCAGAGCCAGGAGGCGCAUCUUCAGCAGCUCAGGAACGCCUGGACCAGGAGGACCCUGCAGCCACCGCAAGGCUUUCAUAUCAGAUGCAUAGGGCCAGGAAAGGCAGAGAGAGGGGCCCCCUCAUCCCUAAAGAGGACAUCUGAUUGCAAAGAAGGUGGAGGGAGACAAUGGAAAUGGAAAUUUAGCCAAAGACGUGUUCCUCUUUAUUUCCCCUGGACUUUUACCAGAGGAGUGGAUAUUUUUUUGUAUUUUGUUUUAUUAUUAUUUUUUUGUUGUGUGUGUGUGUGUGUGUGUGUGUGUGUGUGUGUGUGUGUGUGUGUGUGUGUGUGUGUGUGUGUGUUCAUAUUUACUCUCCUCUCUGCCUCUAACGCAUGUCCUCGUUCUCUCUCCCUUGCAUCCUCUCCUCCCAUCCCCUCAGCCUCAAUCACCCAGACACAGACGCAUGCAGAAUCACGCGCAGCAGGCGGAUGCGCACAUACGUACUCUCUCUCUCUCUUUCUCUCUCUCUCUCCCUCUUUCUCGCUCUCUCCCUGUCACACACACACACGCGUGCACACGCAUACUCACACACCCUUCCUGGAGGUGCUGGGAGCAGCUGCAGCAUUAGCGUUGAAAGAGAUUUUUGCCGUUGACUGGAGUUUGCAUCCCCCACACCCCCCCUCAGCCUCCGCCCCCCCUCCCCCGUUAAUGAAUGGAUGCUACGGCGAUCGGAUCAGGGAGCUUCUAACGUCGGAUCGCGGGGGGGAAACUGUGGAUAUCUAUUCCUGACUUGAUUUAUUUAUUUCAUUUCGAUGCUCACCAUUUUUUCCUCUCCCCACCCCUCUCGCUGGUGUGCUGUUGUCGAAAGGACGAUGGGGUCUUGUGGCUGAUGGGAUAAAGAUGGAGGUGAACAUGGUGUCUCCGGCGCUGAGCUUACUACGGAGGUUUUAAUGCCCAUCGGGGCCUGAAUGGAGCUUUUUAUUUCGGGCUUUUUUCUUUUUCUUUUUUUUUUUUUAAAGCCAGCUCUUUUGUUUUACGGGAGGGGGGAUCGGCCGAGCACUCCUGUGGUGAAUUGAGCUAUUGUCAAAGACUGGGCCUCUUAAAGCUUUUGCUUCUGUGACCAUACCAUCAAUCUCCUCCGGAUCCCCCCCCCCCCCUCACCCUCCCUUUCCCCUGCUACUUUCUGAAAAGGGAACGCGCAGCUCCCCCUCACCCCCCCUCCAAAAAAAAAAAAGCUCAGCUGAAAUCCUUUUCUCACCGUCCUCUUUGCUUCCAAUGCCCCAUUUCCCUCAUCUCUACCCCUGCUCCCUCCAACCCCCACCCUUCCAACAUCUCUCCCGCUCCCUCCUCCCACAUCAGAGUGGCUACGUAAUGUGCCUCCCUACGCAUGCAAAUGGGGAUGCUACAAAUGGUGGCUGGGACUGAUGUUGAUGAAAGGGUGAUGCCUCGCGCAAUCACCUGCUCCUCCGCCGCCGUCGCCCCGGAUCAGCCGAUGACAACAGCCCACAGCGCCGACGCGCUCGUUCGUAGCUCGCUCGUGGAUGUAAAUGAGAUGCGUGAAUGUGUGUAAAGGCGCACACUGGUUCCUGCCAUGUCUGGUGUGUGAUCGCUCUAGCGGGACGUUCUCAUUGAUGUGGGGGAGGCACUGAGCCUGAGGUUGGUCGACCUCCCCCUUCCCCACCUCCCCUCCUUUCCUUCCCCCUCUGCCCCCAUCCCCUGGCCCUCUCUCUCUCUUUUCUCCCCCCCAUUUCACCAGUUCCCAGCACCCCCUACCCCUUGCCACCCCUUUUUGCCCCACGCUUCCUUAUCCCAGAGGUCCCUGGGGAGUGAAGGCCGCCGGAUUAGGAAAAAAACUGGGGGUACUAAAGGGGGGUCACGAUGAAGAAGAACCGCAGCGGCAAUCUGCGGCGGGCCUGGCCCAGCUCGGAGCUUCCCGAACGUCCGCUGGAUCACAAUCUCUCUCGUAGCGAGAAGGACAUCCGUGUGCAGAAGCAGCAUCUUCCUCCUCCUCCUCCGCAUUUCUCUCCAUCCCCACCAAGUUAUCGUGCGCCAGGUGAUGUGUCUCCGAUCAGUAUGUCACCUAUCAGUCAGUCACAAUUCAUACCACUGGGGGAGAUCUUGUGCUUGGCCAUCUCUGCUAUGAACUCUGCCCACAAGCCUGUCAACCAGGAGGCACUGAUGGAGCACCUCACUGCCAGUUUUCCAGGUGUGCCUACACCCAGCCCAGAGGUCCUGCGACACACUCUCAACAUGCUGGUGCGAGAGAGGAAGAUAUAUCCAACUCCAGAGGGCUACUUCAUCGUCACUCCCCAGACGUACUUUAUCACUCCUUCCCUCAUCAGAACAAACAACAAGUGGUAUCACCUGGAGGAUCGGCUUCCGGAGCGUCAGCAGCAACAGCAACAGCCACAGAACUGUACCUCACCUCAGUCUGGGAAUGUCACACCAUCCACACCAGGCUGUAUGAGAGAUAGGCCUUCUCGCAAGAACCACAAUGACUCAUACAAUUCCUAUCGUGAGGACCAGUCAAGACUGCAUGGCUCUGCACUCCAAAGUAAGUCACCAAAGGAGCACAAGGGAGAUUCCUAUCAAAGCAAGCCACCCAAGGAUCAAAAUGGCGGGGAGACCCUUCCAAGCACGUCGACCAGGGAACACAGAGGAGAGCCGCCAUCAUACCCCCAUCCCCCGGCCCCCACUUCUCCUCCUAUACAGUCUCCGCCUUCUCAAGAUCAAGCUGAUAAGAGCAAAGGCAUUACUUCUUUCCCUUAUAAAGCUGACACUCUGACCAAAAAGAAAGAGGCAAGUAGUGGUGGAAGUGGUGAGAAGCAAACCAAAAGGUUUGGUCUCAAACUUUUUAGACUAAGUUUCAAGAAGGAUAAAAUGCGACAGCUGGCUACCUUCUCAGCCCAGUUCCCCCCUGAGGAAUGGCCCCUACGUGACGAGGAGGUACCAACCACACCCAUUCCACGGGAGGUGGAGAUGGAGAUAAUUCGGAGGAUUAACCCUGACUUAACAGUGGAGAAUGUUGCGAGGCAUACUGCUGUAAUGAAGAGGCUGGAGGAAGAGCGUACACAGAAGAACAAGGCGGGGUCUUCUGCCCAGCAUAGUGCACGCAGCCGGAGGGGCAGGGGCCACCGGAGGGCACCACAUGGUAAGUCUCGGUCUCACAGUAAACCAAGGACAUCCAGGGGAGACCCAUCUGAAGGUUCAAACUGGGAUCUUGUGUUCAUGGAAAGGGAUUAUCGUUUCUUUAGCCACUCGUUGGUUCGCUCGCCUCGGGAAGCUAUGUACACUCUGGAACGCAGGCGAAGUGGAGGUGCAACGUAUCUGGUUCACAGUAACCCCAAUAUUACUGAAUCGUACUGCCCAGUUACACCUGAGUGGGACGUGUCUGGGGAGCUGGCCAAGAGACGAACUGAGAUGCCCUUUCCUGAGCCUUCACGUGGAACGUGUCAGUCCAGAGUGCAAAGAAGUCACAGCCACAAUCAGGACAGAAAGUCUCGACACGAGAGGUCAGAUCAAGCUAAGGAACGAUCUCGGUCAAUGGACAACUCUCUCAAGGGUCCGUCACUGGGAGCCCCGGACGACUUUGAACCAAGUCUGGAGGAGCGUAGUCAUUACUACACUGAUGAUGGCACUCUUCGAGCCACACAGAAGUCCUCCCACUACUCAAGGAUCAUGUUCUCUGCUGCUAAGUUCCACUCCGACUUUAAUGUGCCUGAUUUGGGGAAAGGGAGUCUGGAUGAGUCAAGGAUCCGGAGUACAAUGGAAAGGAACAAAAGCAGAGACAGUUUGCCAACGUACAAUGAGCUAAUGGGACUUUCUCCUAAGCCCUCUACGGAUGAGUACUUCCAGUGCAAUACAUCAAAUGAAACAAUCCUUACUGCCCCUUCGCCUCAGGCAAAAUCAGAAUAUGACACAUUAACCUCAUCAGGGGGACUCCGAAAGGGCUCUCCAGCUGACCGGCAAACUCCUCACCUUACCUCUCCUCAUACAAUGGAGUACAAAGAGGACAUGUCGGCAGCAAAGGGACAGAGCGGUUCAGCACGACUGACACCAAGCCAGACGCCAGAACCAGCACAAAAUGCCCGUUUGACACCACACCAACACAAUGUAGAUCCUGGAGGGGGAGGAGGCAGUUUGGUGAUAAAGAGGAAAGAGAUCUUCAGCAAGGACACUUUGUUCAAACCUCCACAUAAUGCCUUGUCCACUGGCUAUGUGGACAGCAGCUACACCAAGUCUGGCACAUUGCGGAAAGCCUCACAUGCCAAAUCAACAGAGGCCCUAGACAAUCCUGAGCCCCAGCAGCCUUCCAAUUCAGCCACUUCCUCAGCGUCACCUGCAGUUUUACAGAGCAGCUUGGAGCCAACAGUCCCUUCUGCCUCCUUUGACUAUUAUAACGUAUCAGAUGAUGAGGAGGAGGAAGAGGCAGAGGAGGACUCGCACAAAGAGUUGGCCACAGCAGAGGACAGCAAAGACCAUGGGGAAGGAGGUGGAAAUGUUGGAGGCAGCAGUGGUGGUGGCGGAGAAGGAACCAUGCAGUGGCUCCUUGAACGGGAGAAGGAGCACGAUUUGCAGCGGAAACUGGAGACCAAUCUGACCCUGCUCAGCCCCAAGGAGACGGAGAACAGCAGCAGCCAGAAGUCGGCUCACUCUGCCCGCUUGGACAGCAUGGACAGCAGCAGUGUCACAGUGGACAGUGGCUUUAACUCUCCCAGAACGCGUGAAAGCCUUGCAUCCAACACAUCCAGCAUCGUGGAAAGCAAUAGACGGCAGAAUCCGGCGCUGAGCCCAGGCCACAUUGGCACCAGCAGCAUUGGACUGCCUUUCAGCUUUCGCGCCAUCCCUGAGCCCCCCACCACGCAGCCUGAGAAACUGCAGAAGUCAUCGAACUGCCUGGCCUCCAUCACCAGCGUCUGACAGACAGCACGGACUGAGACGGCCCAGGUGAUGGAGCUGAAGUGAGGUGUUCUCACCAUUUUGGUUUUCUUUUUUUCCUUUCUUUCUUUUUAUUUCCUUUUUUUUCUAACCCUUGCGUUCCUCAACCAGUCACACACACACUUAAAUACUCCACACAUCUUCAGACUCCUGAGGAUCCAUAUACUGGGACUGUUAUAAAAAACAGGCAUGGCUUCAAGAGACUGUUCCUACAGCAUCGAGAACUUAACUGCAAAAAAACCCCCCAGAAGAACAGAACAGAAUAUCAAGGCUGCAGCAGGUGCAGAAACCGACCUAAACUACGUUGAUUUUGGUAACAUGGACUCUAGUUCGGCUUAUAUCAAGAUUCUUGAAUAUUGGUAUUGGAAAGUAGUAGACUAUAGGAUUCAAGUUACAUUUGGAAAUAUCAAAAAAGCUUUUUAUAUCGCUUAACAAUACAUGUCCGAUUAAAUGUUCUCCUUCCUGAAAUAGCGUUGAGUUCUCCAGGACAAUUUAAUGUAUCAGCACAAUGUCGAGAUAAUAAAAGUUGAUCCUGAGAACAACAAAUGAAAGAUAUGAAAACAUGAAUCAGCUCAGAUUUGUGUACCGCAAUGCAAAUUAUGUAUGUAUACUCGAUACUUUUGAUAUCCUAAUUAUUAUAAUGGUGGUAUUAAAGAUGCUAUGUGACCAAAA